UCCCAACUUCCCAGUCCCACUUUCUCACAUGACACAAAAACAGGAUCAGUGUCUAUCUCCUUUUUAUUUGCUUUCCUGAAUCCUGCAUAUUCUCUGAAAAGCUUAUUGUGUUGUAGCAAGCAAUCCUUUGCCUUUAUUAUGGAUAUAUCAGUCCGUGGAUUUUUUACUGGUAGUGACGAUAUUUGUUCUGGGGUUUCGACUUCUAAUUGUUUUUUCUAUAUUAUCUUCAGUUUAGGUAAGUUGUCAUUUGGAUGCCUUCCAAUCAUUCUGAUUGGAGAGACUGUAUGGAGCGCGUUCAAGGAAAAAAAGCAUUGGAUUCCACCAAGGUCCCUUGUUGUGGGUGCACUUGUUCUGCAAUUCUUACCACUGCUUAACAAAUUCUUCGAUUUUCCUGAAUACAAUUUUUCUGAUUACCAGCAAGACAAGGAAAAGAGCAACUUAUUUAAAGAAAUGGGAGAAUUUUAUUUAAACAUGACCGAAACAGAGUUUGAAAGAGUACAAGCACAUGUGGACAAAAUUUACCCUAGGACAAUUGUGUAUUAUAAUUGGGUGUCCGUUUUAUGUGGGAGAAUCUCCAUGUUUGUGUUAUUAGGUUGCUUGUUGCCAGGGGUAACACGCCCUCUCUCCUCCAAGUUGUGAAUGAUAUGGCUGCGCUUAUCAUAAGUUGUUCUUUAGCUCUCUUCCAUAUUUCUUAUGAAACCCUUUUUAUUAGUAAACUAGAUUGGCAUUGUUAUUUGAAUCCAUAUAUCUUGAAUAUGUGGAAUCUUAUAAUGGUAGUAGUAUUAGUAAUUCCGGUUCUCCUUUUGGUCUCUGCUGCUCUUGGUGAGGUUAGUAUUAGUAAAACUUUAUCUCAUAAAAUACCUACCAUAUUUUUAGUUCAAAAUUUCAAUAGCCAGUUUGUAUGGGGAAAGGUUGAAGAACAAGCAAGUCGGUCAUUAUUUGUAGCUCGCACUGCCAAUCCUCAAUAUGUAGUGGCCAGAUCAAUUCUAACCUCAUCCAUAGCUUUCCUCAUUACCAUUUGCAAUGGAAUUUUGGUUUUUGAAAUGCAGCGCUUUACAUGUCAAGGAGCAAUUGUUGUUGGAGACUUUCUAGACAUUUGGUUGGUGCUUCGUUGCAUGGUAAUUGUGAUGGGCUCCAUGAUCAUAUACUGGAGAUGCAUCACAGCAGUGGUAUUCUACCCAAAAAUACUGGGAUGGAAACUAUCCAGUCUAGCACAUUUUUUUCAGAUAGAGAAUUUUUGGAAGGGGCAUUUGCUUGGCAUUAUAGAUAGCUUCAACACCCAUGAAGAAAGUGGUGACAGGACCCUAGGAAAAUUGAUGAUGAAGCAUACCUGUUGUUCUCCAACAAAUAUCUGGCUAAGCUUCUCAUGGGUUCAGCAUAUGAUGAAUUCUCCAAUCUAUCUAGAAGUGAAAAUCACAGAGAAAUUCUGUUGGGGAAGGGCUGUGAGUAUGAUAAAUAUUUGAGAUCAUUGGUUGUCAUGCAGGGUGAGAAUCCUGCCGGGGCAUGGAUAGCCAACAGAAAAUCAAUACAGGAGAUAAAGGAACAGAUGAAGAAAGGGGAAGAAGAGGGGAAAAACUGCAGUGAAUUAAUAUCUUUGCUAAAAACCAAUUCUUCGCCAGAUUUUUGUGCUGAAAGAUGUGUGAGGCUCCAAAUUGGUCUUCUUACCAGAGUGGAGUUAGGAAGGGAGCUAGAUGUUGAAAGGGAACUGAAUGUGCACAAGUGUUCCCGGAAGAUGACAGUGGUCUCAAUAAUUGCUGUCAUCAUUGAACUUUCCUCUUUUAUUCAGGAUCAAGUUGAUGCUGAUAAUAUGGUGGAUUCAAUUAUGGAAGCUUGCUCUCAAGCAUGGAAUAUAAUGGACAUAAUUGAAAUUUCUGAUAAUGAAGCAGUUGAACUCAGUAACACAGCAAACAUUCUCUUCCAAAAUCUGCAUAAAACACAUAAAUGGCUCGAUUACAAUCUUCCAACCAGCAGGACUAUGGAGAGGGCCCCUGCAACGGUCAAAGAAGCCAUGGAGAGUCUUUUUGAGAAAGGAAAACAAAUAUCCAAUGAUUACCAGUCAAAAAAGUGGAGUGAAACAGUAGCAGGUUUCAGCUUAUAUAAGCUGGGAGUAUACAUGAAUUACCAGUCUACUAAUGCAGAGGUAAUCCUCAAUAAAUUGCAUGGUAUGUUGGCAGAUGUGAUAGGGUCUUGCACAGUAAAAGCAGUGGGUGUGCUAAUGGAGGAUUGCAAGAAACAAGCAUCUCUGUAUGAAGAGAAAAAUAUUUUGAAAAUUGCAGGAGUUGCUGGGAAAGUAAAGGGUCUUACUGAAAAUUUGGGAUGGAAAUUAAAAUGGAUUGUAGACGAAGAGACUCAAUCCCUUCAAACCAUAUUGGCAAGAGACCAGGUACCUGCAAUCCAAAAGUAUGCAACCUUUCAGAUGAGAUAGAUCAUCAGGAUAUUUUAUGUAUCAUAAAUUAUCUUGUUGUAGUCGUAUAGUUACAGUAGCUGAUCUUUAGUGUAGUAAUUGCUUUUUCGUAUGCAUUCUGAUUCUUCAAGAAUGAUCUGUAAUUUGCACUUCCGCAAUGUUAGAAUAUAAUAAUUUGUAAUUUCUCCCAAAUCUCACGAGGGGAAAAUCAGCGAAUGAGUGCAGUUUUGCACGAAGAUAAAAAUAGGAUUUUUAGAUUUAGAAUUUGCAUGAUAGAAUUCACUUGCAUGAAACUUGUAUAUUAAGAGUAUUGCAAUGAAAGAUCCCUUUAUAGGGAGGCAAUAUGUAAUUAUUUUUAUCAAAGAGAAAUGAAUAAAGCUGAAACUUUGU